AGCAGCCGGGACGUGAACCAGCGCCCCAUGGGAUGCUGGUGCCGUAGGGGAGGACCAGCCUGCUUUGCCACCACACCGACCCCCAACCACCCGCCUUCCACUGUGAAAUCCCCCGAGGCUGUGCUCGCCCCUUUGUCACUGUGCGGGCUGCCACCCGGGCGGGGCCACACAGGGGUGUGGAUGGGCACGGUGGCGUUGCUGGCCAAAAUGGGUUUCUGCUUUGGGCAGACACUGGUUCCCAGCCCCGGCGCCUUCCCCUCUGGGCCGGGGAGGUGAAGGCUGCCGCGCAGCUCUGCCUGCUGCUUCCUGUGGGCUGCGUCCUCACCCUCCCGCUCGCCGUCCAGCCUCUGCCCGUUUUGCUCCCUGCCUCCUGUGCCCGGGUCCCAAGAUGGAUGUCGGCCCCUGCCUACCUGAGCAUUCAGAACCGGCUGCUCACUGGGAGCAGAAGCCAAGAUUCUGAUGUCUGCACUGACCCUGAGCCUGCGGUGGCAUCCGCUGUGCCCUGGCUGGGGAGGCGUCCAGCAGAGCACUGCCGUGUGUAAUUGGGUCUGUGUGAUUGGAGGGGCUUGUGCCCAUGGGCAGUGUGGGGACUGUGGCAGUCCCAGACUGGACAGCCGACUGUGUGUCUCCCGGGCCUGGGCAGGAGCCUGCCGAGUGCCCCCAAGCCUCCUGCCCUGUGAGCUGUGCAUUUGCCCUUUGUCCCCGCUCUGCCUGGAGUGCCCGUGACUGGUUGGCACUGACCCAGCCCCUGCCCGGCACAGCUCUGUCUGCCGCCCACUUUGGCCCAAGGUCUGUGUCUUUCCCAUUCUCACAAAGAAUGCCAAGGCUGUGCCCUGCCCCUCGGCCUGGUGAGGGGCGCUCUGACCCAUGGACGCCUCUGCCGCCACGCCCUCCCAAGGCGGCUCCCAUUUCUGCUGGGCAGAGGGGUCAGGUCUGAUGCAAAAUCCGGGUGGGCCCGGAAGGCCUGGGUGUCUCAAGUGGCCUUGGCUUAAGGUUUUGCAACUUGACACAGCCACGGCACCACUGGGAGCCCUGUGCCCACUUCUACUUUCUGUGCCAGCACCCGGCCUUCCCCCAGUGUCCACUGCCACCUGCUCCCUGCCUCAGCGUCCCCCGUGAUUCCUCUAACGCCGUGUUCCAGUCACAGAACUCCAGAGUUGGACGUCUUUGUCCGUGGGCUGUGCUGCUGCCUGGGAGAGUGGCCGGCCCACAGCCAGCGGAGGAUCUGGCCUGGGGAGGCUCAGUGCUGCGGACAUGCUGGGCUGGCGCCCCCUGCUGCUCGCCCUGAUGGCGCUGCUCCCCCUGGGGUUUGUCGUUUCACAGGAGUGCAUCAAGUACAAGGUCAGCAACUGUCGAGAGUGCGUGCAGUCGGGCCCUGGCUGCGCCUGGUGCCAGAAGCUGAACUUCACAGUGCCAGGGGAACCAGACUCCAGCCGCUGUGACACCCGGAAGCAGCUACAAGCCAGGGGCUGCCAGGCCGAUUACAUUGUGGACCCCCAGAGCCUGGCCAAGCUGGAGCAGCUAGGAAACCAGAGGCAGCAGCUUUCCCCAGAAAAAGUGACCCUCUUCCUCAGACCAGGCCAGGCGGCUGCAUUCAACGUGACCUUCCGCCGGGCCAAGGGCUACCCCAUCGACCUCUACUACCUGAUGGACCUGUCCUACUCCAUGCUGGAUGACCUCAUCAACGUUAAGAAGCUGGGCGGCGACCUGCUCCGUGCCCUCAACGAAAUUACCGAGUCCGGCCGCAUCGGCUUUGGGUCCUUUGUGGAUAAGACAGUACUGCCCUUUGUCAACACACACCCCGAGAAGCUCAAGAACCCGUGCCCCACCAAGGAGAAGGCGUGCCAGGCGCCGUUCGCCUUCCGGCACGUGCUGAAGCUGACCAGCAACUCCGACCAGUUCCAGACCGAGGUUGGCAAGCAGCUGAUCUCCGGGAACCUAGAUGCCCCCGAGGGCGGGCUCGACGCCAUGAUGCAGGUCGCCGCGUGCCCGGAGGAAAUCGGCUGGCGCAACGUCACGCGGCUGCUGGUGUACGCCACUGAUGACGGCUUCCACUUUGCUGGAGAUGGGAAGCUGGGGGCCAUCCUGACCCCCAACGACGGCCACUGCCACCUGGAGGACAACAUGUACCGGCGCAGCAACGAAUUCGACUACCCUUCAGUGGGGCAGCUGGCGCACAAGCUGGCCGAGAGCAACAUCCAGCCCAUCUUUGCAGUGACCAAGAAUAUGGUCAAGACCUAUGAGAAGCUCACAGAAAUCAUCCCCAAGUCCGCAGUCGGGGAGCUGUCUGAGGACUCCAGCAACGUGGUGCAGCUCAUCAAGGACGCCUACAGCAAACUGUCCUCCCGAGUCUUCUUGGACCACAGCGCCCUCCCCGAUACCCUGAAGGUCACCUAUGACUCCUUCUGUAGUAACGGAGUGUCACUCAUGGGCCAGCGCCGAGGAGAUUGCGACGGCGUGCAGAUCAACGUUCCGGUCACAUUCCAGGUCAAGGUUACGGCCACCGAGUGCAUCCAGGAGCAGUCCUUCGUGAUCCGGGCGCUGGGCUUCUCAGACACGGUCACCGUGCGGGUCCUUCCCCAGUGCGAGUGUCAGUGCCACGACCAGAGCCGUGAGCGUGGUCUCUGCGGGGGCAAGGGCUCCAUGGAAUGUGGCGUCUGCAGGUGUGAUGCUGGCUACAUCGGCAAGAACUGCGAGUGCCAGACGCAGGGCCGCAGCAGCCAGGAGCUGGAGAGAAGCUGCCGGAAGGACAACAGCUCCAUCAUCUGCUCGGGGUUGGGAGACUGCAUCUGCGGGCAGUGCGUGUGCCACACCAGCGAUGACCGCAACAAGAAGAUCUUCGGGCGGUACUGCGAGUGCAACAACAUGAACUGUGAGCACUACAACAGCCAAGUCUGCGGGGGUCCAGAAAGGGGGGAGUGCUCCUGUGGCCAAUGCCACUGCCGCGACAACUUCGAGGGCUCGGCGUGCCAGUGCAAGAAGUCCACGGAGGGCUGCCUGGACACGCAGGGCGUGGUGUGCAGUGGCCGUGGGCGGUGCGUGUGUAACGUGUGCCAGUGUGAUGACUUCUACCAGCUCCCGCUGUGCCAGGAUUGCCUGGCCUGCCCCUCACCUUGUGGCCAGCACAUCUCCUGCGUCGAGUGCCUGAAGUUCGGCAAGGGUCCCCUGGAAAAGAAUUGCAGUGAGGCGUGCGGGAACCUGAAGCUGGUGGACAAGCCUGUCAAAGGCAAGCCGUGCAAGGAGCAGGACUCGGAGGGCUGCUGGAUGAACUUCACCAUGCGCCAGCUCUACGGGAAGAACUAUGAAGUCCACGUGUUGGAUGACCGAGGGUGUGUGGCGGGCCCCAAGGUAGCCGCCAUCGUCGGGGGCACUGUGCUGGGCGUGGUGCUCAUCGGCGUCCUCCUGCUGGUCAUCUGGAAAGCCCUGACACACCUGAGUGACCUCCGGGAGUACAGGCGCUUUGAGAAGGAGAAGCUCAAGUCCCAGUGGAACAAUGAUAAUCCCCUCUUCAAGAGUGCCACCACAACAGUCAUGAACCCCAAGUUUGCUGAGAGCUAGGAGCCCCCGUUGGGGACAGGACUUUGGGGCUCCUGCAGCCCAAGGCCCCGCCACAGCAGCAUUGUCUGUUCACCCAUGGCCGCUGUCCCCUACCCCUUCCCAGCGCCAAGCAAGGUCAGGCUCCCUCGGCUGCAGGCUGCCGGGAGAGGCACGAGAGAGGCACCGCUCUGGUCCUGGCUUUUGCACGCGUGUUUGUGAGAGUUAACCAUGUGAGAGCUCGCCGGUUGUCCUUACACUCAGCAGGUAUAAAACCACACCCCGACAGCACAGCCACUGACCCCAUGCGUAAUAAAAACACGCUUCAAACUUG